UACCCUCUUCCCCCGGCUUGCUAUAAAAUAAAGAGUUUUUUUCCAUGCCGUUAGCUAUAUUAACCGUAAACAAAAACUGCAGCGAUCAAAAAAUUUUCCCGCCAUUCGGAGGGGUCCCAUGUAUUUUAGUUAGAGGCCUCCUCAGUCACUCACUCAUAUGAGUUCUAUUUUCAUAUCGCUAAUAUGAGUGAUCUGGAUAGUGGUGACGACAUAUUUGGAGAAACUGAAAACACCUCAAAUUGUGAUGAGGAAAAAGAUUCCAACUGCUUGAACAAUGAGGAAAUAGAUAAAACAGAUGGUUCACAUUCCAAAAGUGGAAAAAAUGGAAAUUCAACCAAAACAAGGAAACUUGUCAGAAACCCACAGUUAAAGCUUGACACAAGCAGACUUUGUGGUGAAAGAGGAAUAAAAGCUGCCAUGGCUGAUUUUCAUUUAGUAAAACUGAGAGGAAAAGGACAUGAAAAAUCAGAUCUUGAAACCAUUCUCUCCAAAAUGGAACAUUGGGCUCAUCGUUUGUUCCCAAAGCUACCCUUUGAUGAUUGUGUGGAGAGUGUAGCAAAACUGGGGAAUACUAAACAUGUGCAGGUAUACAUGAAGAAAUUUCGCAUGGAAGAAUCAGAAAUUGAAGCAACGGCUGAGGAAAAUUUGAUAAACACAGAUGUACAGUUUGACAACAUAAUGGAACAGACAACCAAAGAAUGUAGUACUGUUUUUCCUCAACCUUCCCAGUCGGUCUUGCAGACAACUGUCACUGAAGACCAGCAGCUGAGAAUGGCUGAAAACAAAAAAAAAGCAGAAGAGAAAAGAAAAUCAAAAUUGUUGCAAAACAGCUCUUUAUGUAGUGACCAGUGUCAAAAUGAAAAAUCCUCUUCAGAAGUGUUUACCAAUUCAGAACAGACAAAGGAUAACCGUAUUGCUGAAAUGGUGGAAGAUAGUAGUGAACUCUUGGAUGUUGAUAUGUUUCUUGAAAACUUGCCUCAGCAACGCCAUCUGGCGAAGUCCGUAAGUUCCCGCGGGAAGUACAUUUUGGACUCUCUAAGUCCAUAGUUUAGUAACACCUGACUCCUACGACACGGACUGUCUCUCUCGACGGGGGUCCCAGUCUGGUCGGGCACUGUCUGAUAGUGGAUAUGAGCCAGCCGUCUGCGCCAUUGUACCGAUUCGGCCAGCGGCUUGGUGAGCAUGACCAUCGAGUAGUGAGGCGACGUGAACACCCUCCCCCUAUCCGUGUGAGCGUGACAAUAUUCUUCAGUAUUCUUUUAGCAAAUGUUUGAAAUGUUAUGGUUAACUGAGCUUAAUAUAAAUUUAUACUGCAGUUUCGUUUUUUGUCCAAUAAAUCAGCCCAUGAUAGUUCUUGCCAAUAAUAAAAUAAUAAUGCCAAUAACAAAACCGAAAAAGUCAAAAGUCAAAAUGUAUAAUAGGAUCUAACACUUAUGAAACCAUCUUUCAAUAAAUGUCACUAUAAACAUG